AAAUUGACUUUGUAAGUUAUUCUUUGUGUAGUUUGGGUGUAGAAAAAUGGACAGAGUGGUCGUAGUAACUGGAGCUAACAGUGGGAUUGGCCUGGCGCUCUGUGAACGUCUCCUGUCAGAGAACACAGGGGGUCUCCAGCUCUGUCUGGCUUGCAGGAACCUGCGGCGGGCCCAGGCUGCUCGCUACGCGCUCCUCACCUCUCACCCUACUGCCCAGGUGUCCUUGUUGCAGAUGGACACCAGCAGCAUCACAUCAGUCAUCAGCGCCGCAGAGGAGCUCAAGCACAGGUACAACCAGUUGGACUGCCUCUACCUGAAUGCGGGCAUCAUGCCAAGCCCACAGUUGGAUGUCAAAGCCUUUUUCAUUGGCCUGUUCUCCAGCAGUGUCAUCACCAUGUUUGCCACCGGUGAGGGGAUUCUGAUGCAGAAGGACAGCGUCACUCCUGACGGCUUGCAAGAAGUUUUUGCAACCAACCUCUUUGGUCACUUCCUUUUUGUUCGGGAGCUGGAGUCAGUCCUGUGCCGUGCAGACCAGACCUCCCAGCUGAUCUGGACUUCUUCCAGUAAUGCUCACCGUUCAGCGUUUCAGCUUGAAGAUUUUCAGCACCGGAAAGGCACUCAGCCGUACAGCUCGUCCAAGUACGCUACUGACCUUCUCAGCCUGGCACUGAACACUCGCUACAACCGACAGGGUUUGUACUCAUCUGUGAUUUGUCCGGGUUUUGUGAUGACUAAUAUGACCUAUCGCAUCCUGCCCUCCUUCCCAACCUUCCUGUGGACUCUGCUCAUGCCCAUCUUUUGGCUUAUAAGAGUGUUCACCAAUACCUUCACCCUGACACCUUAUAAUGGAGCUGAAGCACUGCUCUGGCUGUUCAGACAAAAUCCUGAAUCACUGGACCCUCGAGCCAAGUACCACAGCUUAACAUCUGGACUUGGCAACAACUACACACAGCCACGCAAGAUGGACAUUGAGUUGGACACUUCGGAAGCUUUUUAUGAAAAAUUGCUGCAACUUGAGGAUGAAGUGAGGAAGAACUUGAAGGAAAAGCAAGAACAUCCAUGAUAUGAUGCUUGUCUCUGUUUUAACUUUUCUCAUCAGGGGUGCUUUGUCUGGAAGGCGCAGUUUCUGCCCUCUUGCGAUUUGUAGACGCGUCUACAAUAAAAUGU